AUGAACUACUCUUCAGCUGUGUCAAUCAGCUCGGAUUCUGAAGACUACGAAUCCAACGACCAAGCGCCCGCCAAACAGAUAAACAACACCAAAGUCGACUUCGGCACGUGGAAGCGGAUCCUGCGUAAGCGCUUGAACGGCAUCAAAUCCGUCGGUGACAUUGCCAACUUCACCCGUUACCCCACCUUCGCCAAUCCGGGCCUCAGGAUCGAAGGCCACCCAGCAUUCCCUCUUCCGCUAACAACCAGCGAUGCUGAGGUGAUCAAGGCAGCAUGCAAGGAAGCACCCUUUGGCAAAGGUGAAGACACCGUCGUCGACACCUCAGUGCGGAAGACGUGGGAACUGAACCACGCCCAGUUCCAACUCAUCAACCCAGAAUGGGCCGGCUUUUUGCAGAAGGUCUACCUGACGGCCGCUGAUGGACUCGGGUUAACGGACGUCUCGGUGAAGCCGCACAAGCUGCUGUUGUAUGAGAAGGGCUCAUUCUUCAAGCGCCACAAGGACUCCGAGAAAGAACCAGGCAUGGUGGGAACGCUCGUCAUUUGCCUUCCCUCAGAGCAUCAGGGUGGAGAUGUUCACCUCGCCUUCGGCUCCGAUCAACGCGUUUUCUCCACUGCGCCCACGUCUACAUUCGACAUUACCACUCUUGCUUGGUUCUCCGACGUGACGCACGAGGUGAAGGAGCUGACGUCUGGAUAUCGCCUGGCCCUGACCUACAACAUCGUCCAGAACGGGUCUGCUAAGCAGUCGGCGGGCUUCUUCGGGCAGCAGGCGCAGGAGGUGAAGCAGGUACUGCUGCAAUGGCAAGUUAAUUAUCCCGGCAAUAACAUGCUUGUCUAUCCCCUAGACCAUAAGUACUCUCAGUCGAGUCUCUCAUUCCGAAAUAUGAAGGGUCGAGAUAAAGCGGUCUGUCAGGCUAUACAGGACAUCGGUGCGCACAGUGGAGUUUUCCUCCUGCUUGCGCAUCAAACUGAUACCACUGAGGAGGAUGAAGAUUACUAUGAUAAUGACGCCGAAUCUGGUACAUGCCUCGACGCCAUUUUCACCCCCGAAGGCAAGCAAAUCGCAACAGACUAUACGCUCGAUGACAACGAAGUUAUGACGCCGAAUAUGUUCGCGGACCGCAACCCGGACAGCGAGGACGAGGGAGAGUUCACUGGCAACGAAGGCGCCCCUAGCACGUAUCGUUAUCAUGAUACGGUCGCUGUGCUCAUCAAAAAGUCGGCCUUGGAUAAGUUCCUACGGACAACGCCUCCCGUUGCUGUGUACUGGGCUCUCCAGCUGGAUGAUACGAAGCUGUUUCAGCUCGCUAUGGCAGCCGCGGCGAAGGCGUGUCAAGACACCUACAACGAAGCCCUCAAUGUAACGUGUCGAUACAUUGAAGAGAACUUUGGCGAGAAGAUGGAAUCGCUUGAGUGGGACAAGUGGUUGGGGGAGACUACCGGGAGUGCUUCUUUGUCGGGCUUGAUGAAUAGCAUUCAACACUUCACGCCCCGCUUCAAAUCAGAUGCGGUCAGAGAUUCCUUCAGUAAAUGGGGCAACUCUAAAUUGACCCUGAAGCUGAAGACCGAACCUCAAUUUGGCAUCAAUGAACUCAGCUUCUUUACAAAAACAUUGGAAUCUAGGCAUGAGGACCAGGAAUGCAUCAUGUCAAGCCUGAUCCCCUCCUUGGCUGAUCGCGGCAACCGCGACCUCAUCUACAAGGUCUUGAACACGGUCUUUGUGAAACGAGAGCAGAGAGAGUUCAGGAACGCCAAAGACAUCUAUGUGUACAUGGUUCAGAACGCACUUCCGAAGCUCUUGCUCUCUGGCGAGGACAUCACACCUACCUCAACACCCUACGCCGCACUUUCAGCAACCGUCAUCGGACCCUUGACGGAGUUCGCCUACCGGGUCAACGAGGGCCUCACCCUUGGCGCCGCAGAGCAAGCUCUUCAACUUCUCGAGGCAGGCUGCAACACCUUAGUGUGGACGAAGUCAGAGUGGCAACCUAGCGCUGUCCAAGCCAACGUCGUUGAGACAUUCUUGGUUCCUUUGAUGACCACAAUGCAGAGGCACAAUAUUCCUGUCGAGAACCCCGAGGCAGUCAGAAACCUCCUCGAGGUCAUCAUCGGAGAAGGACUCCUCCAGCAACUUGGCCCCUUCCCACCGAGGCCCGUCGGCUGGACUUAUAAGCCGCGUAGGUGCGCGCCCUAUCGGGGUCAGAAGACAGCUUGUCGCGACUGCGACGAGCUGGAGGUCUUCCUGACAGCGCCAGACCAGAAGGUUUGGAGGUUCGCCGCCGCAGAAGCGCGCCGCAAACACAUAAAUAGCCUUCUCUACGGCACCGAGAAGUACUUUCGAAUGACCACGGAACGUACCAGGUCUCCGCACACUCUGGUGAUUGAAAAGACUGGCGGAGAGUACAAGGACGAGGUCGAAAAGUGGCGUCGCCACGUUCAGUCAAUGGCCUCGCUUCUCUCUCCCUUGAGGAGUGACUUCUUGAAAAGCAUGCUGGGUAAAAGUAGGUAUCGGGAGCUGAUUCUUCUUGAGCCUUUGCUCAGCCAGACGGAUUCGGGGAGUGUUGCCGGUGUGAAACGGGAGGCGGAUGAGCCUGCGUUUGGACAGCGGCCUGCUACGCAAAGGCGAUUGUGA